AUGUCGCUGUACCAUGAGACGGCCGAGAUUCUCUCGGCCAGCCCGGACCAUGGCGGCAGCCUCAAGAGCCGCGUGUUUCGCAAAAAGGGUCUCAAAUCGCCGCCCGCUCAGGUAUACGCCCUGGCUUUCGAGACGUGCAAGUGGAGCGGCGUGCUGAAGGAAGUCGUCGAGGCGACGGAUUUGCUGCGUCACGAGCGCAAGCUCACGCCAAUCUUGGCUCUACUUUUGGCCCAUGACUUUCUGCUGUCAAAAGGCGGCAUCGCGCUGCCGCAGUCUCAUGGUUUGAGACAGACUAUUGAGCGGCACAAGGCGCGUCUCACGUCGGAGCUCACACGCGCGCGACUGAGGCGGAAGAUGCCCUCGCUAGAGGCCCUCAGGGCCGACGUCAACGCCAACGCGGACCCGGAAGGCAGGCAUCCGCGGUGGGUUCGUGUCAACUUUCUCAAGAGCGACCUUGAGACGCAGCUCGAGACGACGUUCAAGGGGUUCGAGAGGGUGUACUCCAUCGAGGCGGUGACGAACUCGGCGGCGAAGACGUUGUUCAUCGACGCGCACAUCCCGCAUCUCCUGGCUCUUUCUCCCGGAACAGACGUCACCAAGACCCAGGCGUACCUCGACGGCGAGAUCAUCAUCCAAGACAAGGCCUCGUGUUUCCCUGCCUACCUUCUCGAUCCGCGCUCCGAGGAUGGCGACGUCAUCGACUCCUGCGCGGCACCGGGAAACAAGACGACGCACUUGGCGGCAGUCCUGAAGCAGCAUGAGCCGGAACAGGGCGCGCGGAAGCAGACCAUUUUCGCGUUCGAGAGGGACCCCAAGAGAGCGUUGACGCUGGAGAAGAUGGUCAAGAUUGCGGGCAGCAGGGGGACGACCAAGAUCGGGCUCGGUCAGGACUUUCUGGAGGUCGAUCCGAAGGGGGAGGCAUACAAGGAUGUCGGAGCGCUGCUGCUCGAUCCGAGCUGUUCGGGAAGCGGAAUCGUGGGGCGCGACUCCUUGCCGGAAUUGCACUUGCCCGAGGUCUCUGGCUCCAGCGGCGGCAAGGGGGCGGCAAAGGGGAAAGGCGCGAAGCCGGCAGCGAAGACGGAUAACCGAAAGCGGAAAAGGGACGACAAGGACGAUUCGAAGCAGAUGAUGGUCGACGACGACGGGAACGCGGUCGAGAUUCAGUCCGAGCAGGAACUCCAGAAGCGGCUCAACUCGCUGGCGUCGUUCCAGCUCACGCUGUUGCAGCACGCGAUGAAGUUUUCCGCCGCCAGGAAGAUCACGUACUCGACCUGCUCGAUCCACGCGGAAGAAAACGAGGGCGUCGUGAUGAAGGCGCUCGAGUCCAAGGUCGGCAAGGAGCGCGGGUGGAGGGUUCUCGUCAGGGAGAAGCAGGUCUCCGGCAUGAGGGACUGGCCUGUUCGUGGGCUGCCCGAGGCGUGCGGCGGCGACAAAACGGUGGCGGAAGCGUGUAUUCGUACGUACAAGGGCGACGGGCGCGGCGUGAUGGGAUUCUUUGUCGCUGCGUUUGUGAGGGACGGGGACAAGGACGAGGCGGCUGACGAAGAUGGGCCGUAUGUUCGUGAUGAGGAGGGGAAGAUUAUUAGGGAUGUGACGGGGAUGCCGGUGUUGAAGAGCACGGGAGAGCCUGUUUCUUUUGGUAAUGCCGAGGGCGGUUCGGCUGCGGAAGAGGAAGAGGAAGAAGAUGAUUCGGGUGAGGAUGAGAGUGAGAGUUCGGGGAGCGGUGAGAGUGGCAGCGAAGACGAAGAGGAAUGGGGAGGAUUUGAUUGA